AUGAACCACGUUCAAGCCAACGCUCGCACUCCUACCGGGCGGGAUGAUGAUGCAAGCCCAGGGGCAAAUGGGCAGCAAGAGUCUUCUUCAUCGGACCAGCCUCCGGGUCGCACCUCUCCGCCACUUCAGCCAAUACGAGAACAUAUUUUAUCAUCUCUCCAGACAUUUGAAACAGCUCUCAACCAGUAUGAAGUCCAGCUCACAAAUUUCCAUGGGCAAUCCACCUGGGGCUUAAUCUUUCUUCUCCAACGGCUAUCCAAAUUGCAGCUUGAUAUCAACCAGAACUCUUGUCAUAUCAGAGGCUGCCAUUAUUGCGGAGCUCCUAUGCGCCACCGGGCAACCAGACAUAACGGCAUAGGCUCUGAUGUGGUUCAUACUGCCAGUGGUGCCAACAGUCCAGUUACUUUAUCAUCGUCGGAUGGCUCAGCGUUAGAUUAG